AUGGACAUGGAAAACACUCCCGCCAUGCCGGCCCCGCCAGGCGAGACCUCUAACCUUGAUGGGCCCAUGACUUCGGUACAGAGGGACUUCAUCAUCAUCUCCAGCGGUGUCGCAGCCGGCGCCACCAUCGCCGUGGCUUUGAGGAUGUGGACCCGCGCAGUGAUAGUGAAGCACGUCGGAUUGGAUGAUUAUGCAGUGGUAGCCGCAUUGCUCAUGGGUAUCGGCUUCAUCAUCUGCUGUGUACAAUGGAUGCAAUAUGGUUUCGGCGAUCAUCUGUGGAAUGUCAGCCUCGCACAAGUGGUCAAAUAUGCUGAAUGGAGCAUACCAGUCGUCACUACAUACUGUUGGGCCCCUAUGCUCUCAAAGUUGUCCAUCUUACUCACAUAUCGCCACGUCAACCCGGACAAGUUCUUCCGGCUUGGCAUAUAUGUUCUCCUCCUCAUCAUCCUAGGUUACACUCUGGCGACUACCUUCAUUACUACCGCAGGAUGCAAGCCUACAGAUCCAACAAAGGCAGAUUGCAUUGCAACACUGGCUCUUGCGCAGGCAAUCGCAAAUAUCCCUAUUCCCAUGAUCCAUCACUUGCAACUCCCAGUCGGACAGCGUGUGAUUGUCGGACUGGUGCUGGCUGGCGGUUCUUUCGUCGUCGUCGCCAGUAUCGUGCGUCUUGUCAUCAUCCAGAGGCUACCUGGAAAGGUCGACUUCACGCUUGAGCAAGCCAAAGUUUGCAACUGGUCAUCCAUUGAGAUAAUGGUCGGUAUCAUGUGCCAAUCCAUCGUCACGCUCAAGCCUCUUGCCAAACAAUACGUGCCAAAGAUGCUCGGAUAUGGGAGCGAUCGAUCCGCCCUCUCCUUCUGGAACAAGUUCUUCACCUCUCGAGGCCGGUCGCACGCCGGCCGGGGCCGCAGCCGAGGGAAUAGCUUGCCACUGGACUCCGUUGAUAGGGGAGUGACGGUCUCGAAAGCAAGUAAAGCGAACAGAGAAGAUACUGAAACGCAGUGGCCCGAAGUUGUGGACGGGGAUGACAUCGUCAUCACGAGCACCUAUAGGGUGGAAAGCGUCCACGAGCUACGGAGCAAGAGCACGGAGAGUACACAGAGGAUAAUUCAGAGGACGGAGAAUGGUAAUAAAGCGCAUGGCAGGGUUGAGAUGGUGUGA